AUGGCCACUAAAGGUCUAAGUGCUCUUGACUCUAUUAAGUGGCUUCCCAAGUCUCCUAAACUGUACAGUGGCCAUAACUGGAGCUCUCAGGGCUCUCGCUGGGCCUCAUUGAAAGGAAAGGAAAGUUUUCAUGGUGGUAACCUGUACAAAUUCAGCUCUGCUAAUGGAAAAUGGAGGGAAGGAAGGAGCAGUCCUGAGCAAGAAGCAGAGGAACUCGAGGAUCCUGAUGAUGAACCUAUUUCCAAGUUUUCCGGCAGUCUUUUUGAUAGCAAUGGUGGCAUGAGAGAUCAAAGAAAUACCAGAACAACUCUUCAAGAAAAGCACAAGUUGGCAAUGAAAGGGAAGAAUCCUCCAGGGACUAACACUAAGGUGCAGCCAGCUGUCUCCUCAGCAGGCAGCUUCCCCAGUGAGAGCAGCCGGAUCCCAGAGGAAUUGAGGGUGAUGGAUGUGCCACAGACCCCACUGAAGGUAACCAUUACUGUGUGCAGCCAAAUGGGGAGCCUUGGUAUUAGCAUUGCUGGUGGAAAGGGCUCACCCUCGUGUAAAGACAGUGAUGAGGGGAUCUUGAUUGCACGGCUGCCGAAAGACAGCCCAUCAGACUUGGCUGGAGUACAAGCAGGAGACAGAGUGGCUGAGGCUACCUUCAUUUCAGAACCUGCUGUCCUUGAUGCUGGUCCUACUGAAGCUUCACCCAAGGGCAGCCACUUCCCAACAGUAAAUCACAUCAUAACAAUACCUCGGAUAAUCCUCACGCGCCCUUCCACUUCUGAUGAAGAUACCGACCAGUUGCCCCCAGACCCUGAAGACUUUGAGCCUGAGGAGCCUGGCGGCGCAGGAGGCCAUGCCUAUUCGGACUGUCUGAGCAGCGCUUUUUAUCCUCCCUAAUAAAGUACUUCUCUGGAAAGAGUUAAUGGGUGAUUUUCUCUCCCAUUGUUUGAUUACAUUUAGUGUAGUACUUGAACCACUAUGCCUUAUUUAUAGCGAAAACCAUUAAAUGGAGGAAGGAUUUGAGCUGGGGGAGCAGAACCCUGUUUGUUUUUCUUUGCCUUGAACUUUCCUUUGGCCAGCACUUGAAACAAAAUGCACUGGGUAAAGUUAUGUGAAUGUCACCAUGUGUUUCAGUAUCCACUUGUGAGUGUCCUACAGCACCUAAAUACAAUGAUGAAAAAAGCAGGUGAUUUUUAUUCAGAAGGUACUUUACCCAUUUGGAAACACAGUGAAAAUAAUUGUAUAGUUGGUUGGUUUUUUUAAAAUCUUGUGUCCAUCCUUUUAUCUGCCCCCAUGUUCUUUUGAAUUAUCCCUUUUAAUGUUGUUUUCUAUGAGAAUUAAAAAAAAAAUUCUGUCUUUAAUAGUGCUGGGGUUUUUUACCC